UUUUGCUCUCCCCCUUCCACUUCACUUUUCCUCCUAUAUUGUACCUGGCUACCUGCCGUUCUCACCACCAUCUUUGCGUUCACAAACUCUCUCCCCUUUUCCUUCACUUUCCCUCUCACAGCACGCUCCAGCUGCAGCUUACCCACGCCCUAUAUUGUACCUGCCGUUCUCACCAUCUUUGUGUUCACAAACUUUCUCUCCCCUUUUACUUCAGUUACCCUCUCAAAGCACGCUCCAGCUCCAGCUCCAGCAUACCCACGCUCCCGAUUAGAGACAAGAGCGCUGCGCUUGAGUUUUGAGCAUUCCUUCACUCAGCAUCAGGAUCAGGAUCUAUGGCCGAACAAAUUCUCUUCGGCACUGCCGAGCGAAUCAUGGAGACUUUCGGCUCUUUGGCUGCCAAUGAGAUCGGACUGCUCUGGGGCGUCGAAGAUGAGCUUCAACACCUGAAGAACACUGUUUCAACAAUCAAAGCUGUGCUUCUGGAUGCGGAAGAAAAACAGGCUGCUGGGAACCAUCAAGUCACAGAUUGGCUCGAAAAGUUAGAAGAUGCCAUUUAUGAAGCGGAUGACUUGCUGGAUGCUGUUUCCACUGAAGCUUUACGAAGGGAAAUACUGACUCACCAUAAGAAGGCCAAACAGGUACGCAUUUUCUUCUCCAAAUCAAACCAGUUUGUCUAUUGUCUUAAAAUGGCCCAUAAGAUUAAGGCCAUCAGAGACAAGCUAGAUGCCAUCAACAACGAUAAGCAGGGGUUCCACUUGGAAGUACGCCUUGUGGAGACACGAGUCGGGGGAAGUAGGGAUAACACUCAUUCUUUUGUACGUGCGGAAGCAGUUAUUGGUCGAGACGAUGAUAAGAAGGCUGUUAUCCACCGUCUGCUGGACUCCAACGUUGAAGACAAUGUUUCAAUCCUUCCAAUUGUUUCCAUCGGUGGAUUGGGAAAGACUACACUCGCUCAACUCAUAUUCAACGAUGACCAAAUUCAAAACCAUUUUCAGCUCCAAAUGUGGGUGUGUGUCUCUGAUCCCUUUCACGUUAAAAAUAUUGUUGAAAAUAUCUUAGAAGCUGCAACAAAGAAGAAACCAGAACCCGCUCAAAUGAAUACGUUGGUAAGUAAACUUAAAGAAGAAAUCGAUGGAAAGAAAUACUUGCUCGUGCUGGAUGACGUGUGGAAUGAGGAUCAUGGGAAAUGGUUUGAAUUGAAAGAAUUGCUGAUGGGUGGUGCAAGUGGCAGUAGAAUAUUAGUGACUACACGCAGUGAAAAGGUUGCAAGGAUUAGCGAGACAGUUCCAUUACAUUCCUUAAAGGGUUUAAAGGAAGACGAUUCAUGGUCUUUAUUGAAGCAACUGGCAUUUGAGAAAGGAAAAGAGCCGGAGGAGACUUCAAGCAUCGCAGCAGUUGGGAAGGAGAUACUAAAGAAGUGUUCUGGCGUCCCGCUGGCCAUAAGGACAAUUGGAAGUUUACUGCGCUUCAAAAAUUCAGAAGUAGAGUGGUCGUCUUUUAAGAAUAAUGAACUCUCAAAAAUACCUCAAAAUGCAACUGACAUCAUACCAACUCUGAAGCUGAGUUAUCAUCAUCUUCCUUCACAUUUGAAGCACUGCUUUGCUUAUUGCAGUUUGUUUCCAAAAGAUCACUGGUUUGAUAAAUCAAAACUUAUUCAGCUCUGGAUAGCACAAGGGUUUGUCAAGUCAUGUGAUGAUCAAAACCGAUGCUUGGAAGAGGUUGGUAAUGAGUAUUUUAUGGAUUUACUAUGGAGAUCAUUCUUUCAAGAAGCUAAAACAAAUGACUUUGGUGACGUAAUUUGUUGCAAAAUGCAUGACCUCAUGCAUGAUCUUGCCAUAUCAGUGGCAGGAUCGUUAAUUACCACAUUAGAUGAUAAGAAGAGAAACCUUCAUGAGAAAACUCGUCAUGUAUCUGUUGUUGAUUACUACGGUUUCGAUGCCUCAUCAAUUACAGCAUCAUUGUGUAAAGCAAGUAGCAUGCGAACAUUUCUUUGUAAUCCCACUUCCUUCUUCAUAUAUCGUUCCCCCCCUCCCACUGUCGUCAACUUUUUAGAUUGUGAAGCAAUUUUUUCGAGUUCCAAGUUUUUGCGCGUGCUGGACCUGCACGGGAGAAAUCAUGAACUUUUGCCAAGCUCUAUUGGGAAGUUGAAGCACUUAAGAUAUCUUGAUCUUUCUGAUAACGAGAAUCUCAUGAAGCUACCCAAUUGUAUAACCAAGUUGCAGAAUUUGCAGACACUAAAAGUCCGAUUUUGUAAAAAUCUUAAAGAAUUGCCAAGCUCUAUUGGUGAGUUAAAGCAUUUAAGAUAUCUUGAUCUUUUUUAUAACAAGAAUCUCAAGAAACUACCCAAUUCUAUGUCCAGGUUGCUGAAUUUGCAGAAGCUAACACUCUCAUAUUGUUCAAUGCUUGAAGAAUUGCCAAAAGACAUGAAAGAAUUAGUCAAUCUCAGGCAUCUUAAGAUAGAUCAAUGUAAUCGGUUGACUUAUAUGCCACGUGGAUUGGGGCUACUCACUAAUCUCCAGACGUUAUCAAAGUUUGUGGUCCACAAGGAUCCUCUCUCUCAGCAUAGCAGUGGGUUAAAAGAACUAGAGGGACUAAAUAACCUGAGAGGAGACUUAGAUAUUGAAAAUCUGAGACAUGGAAAAGAUGGUGCGUCAGAAUGUAAGGAAGCAAAUUUAAAAGCGAAGCAACAUCUUCAUGGUUUGUCUUUACAGUGGAGUACUGAAGGAGGUGUCAAUGCUUCAGACGUUAUUGUUGAUGAUGAGAUGUUAUUGGAAGUCCUCCAACCGCAUCCAAAUCUGAAAACGCUUUGUUUAUCAUACAAUUUGGGUUCAAGGCUUCCAAGUUGGCUUUUGUCACUCACAAAUCUUGUUACAUUGCGAUUAGAUGGGUGUACGAAAUGCCAAUACCUACCAUCAUUGAGUCAACUGCCUUCUCUCAAAGAUCUUAGCCUUUACUCAAUGGAUGCUAUGGAGUACAUAUCAGACAGUGGUGACAACAAUGAGUUCUCUUCUUCUUUUUUCCUAUCUCUCAAGAUAAUCGAACUCUCUUUUUGCCGUAAUCUCAAGGGGUGGUGGAGGAGGAGGGAUUCUUCUGUGGAGGUCAAUAGUGAUAGUCAGAAUUCCAUUGAAAAUACAGAGCAUCCUUUACUCCCUUCCUUUCCUUGUCUCUCACAAUUACAAAUCUCGAGUUGCGAUAUGUUGACUUCCAUGCCAACGUUUCCACAUCUUAAAGACUUGAGCCUAACUGGUACUAGCUUGAAGCCACUACAACAGACAAUGAUGAUGAAUAUGGGAGCACCGCAAAGCCCAACGUCAAAAGCAACAGCCUCCUCUUCAUCCACUCCUCUCUCGAAAUUGAAGUCUAUAACUCUAGAUUCCAUUAAAGAUCUAGAAACUCUGCCAGAGGAGGGGUUGAAGAACCUCACUUCUCUCAAGUCUUUAACGAUACGGGGAUGCAAUAAAUUAAAUUCUCUCUCCCAAGGUAUACAACAUCUCGCUGCUCUUCAAGAACUGGAUCUUUUUGGUUGUCCUGAGCUUGAGCUAGCCAAUGUUGAGGAUGAGAUGCAAUGGCAAGGUCUUAAGAGCCUCCUCUCUUUGCACUUUUCAAGUCUUCCGAAAUUGGUUUCUCUCCCGUUGGGGCUUCAACAUGGGACCACUCUACAAAAGCUCCUGAUUUCAAAUUGUAAAAACUUGACGGCUAUACCAGAAUGGAUCCGCAACUGCACAUCACUUCAAGUCCUUGAAAUUGAUGGAUGCUCCAGUUUAACAUCAUUGCCCGAAGGAAUGCGUAGCCUAACCUCUUUGCAGAGGCUGAAAAUUAAAAACUCUCCCAACUUAUUGCGAAGAUGCCAGAGGGAAGCGGGUGAGGAUUGGCCCAAGAUUGCUCACAUCCCAGAGUUGGAAUUACAGUAAACGGAUUCAGGUACAAAAGAAACAGAGGAUUUGGAUUCAGAUACAGAAGAAACAGAGGAUUUGGAUUCUGAUGCAGAAGUAGCAGAACCAGCUAAAGCACAGAAGAAACAGAGGAUUUGGAGCAUAUUCAAAAAAUCUAGGGCGCUGAAUUCAUGAUGCUUCACAUAUCAGGAGAAACAAUUAGCCUCUAUUCUUUCUCUUCCCACCACCUCUCUACUGUCAUCUCAAACAAAAGAUAGUAAGUCAAAUCGCUCAUUCAAGAUCUUUGCUCACCCCUGCACCAUGGUGUGCGAGUUGUACUGUGCAGGAUGAGAAAAAGGGCCGUGGCUCUCCACCACUGUGGUAUAUAACUGCCAAUGAGCUGGAUUCUGUGUCAUCAUGCAUGAGAGGAAGGCUGACAUUGGAGAAGGUCAAUGCAGCUAUUAAUGACAUGGCAACUUAUGCUGAAGCAAAUGCUGAUCUUAUUACGGCUCCAAGGAAGAAGCUGGCAGAAAAUCUCUGGGACAAAGCCCUGCAUUGCUGAAACAUAUAUGCAGGAGCUAAGGGAUAUUGUGCAAUGACAGAAGCCGUAAAGGGAAAACACUUUUUUCUUGAAAAUGACAUAAAAGGACCAGCACUGAAGCUUGACAAUACUGGAAAAGCAAUACUGAAUAAUCCAUUUUAUUCCUAUAACAUUUUUAAAAAACAACGCAUUUUUUAAAGGCAUUUUUAAAAAACAAUGCAUUUCCUUCUAAAGGCAUUUAGAAUAGCUAAACAAUGCAUUGUCAAGGAAGUAAAAUGGCCUGUGGGAUAAACUGAAUACCCACCCUCAUCUAUACAUGCUUCAUGCUCUACCCCGGGGUUGGUUAAAUGUUUUUAAUAUAGACUUCAUUUCAUGGCCAACUGAUCCUAAAGAUGGUUGUCAAAAACUAUUAGGCAUCUUUGCAUCUCCAAGAAUCACAUUCCUUGUGAAAAUUUAGAUUACAAAUAAUGCAAAAUGAAGAAAGUUGGAUUCCUUUUGUUCUGUAAACUACUUUCUGGUUCUGCAAAUGCUGUAAUAAUUUGUAUGAUGACACUGCACAUCAUGAUGAACAUCUUAUUUGAUUGUACUGAGAUCCUCUUGUUAAUUUAUUUUUUCUGUAAAUUAAACAAAAUUUGAUUACAAUAUCAAUUUUGUACAAGAAGAAUUCCAUUCUGUACACUGGCAUGUUGAUGUUUGACUUGAACUAUAUAAAUAGAUGCCUUUCAUCUUUCAUGCCCGUUUGUGCAAAGAGAAUCUCAUCCCUCUGUAUCAUGGUGUGUUGCAGGUCCUUCCUCAUCUUGGCCGCUUAAGUGAGACUCGGAUUGGGUAUCACCGUGUGAUUAUUCUUUUGAAGCCUCAAUGAAACCUUGCUUCCCAAAGAACCUCAUGUUUACAUUCUUAUAAUCUUUUCCUGUAUUUCUUUUAAAGAAGAUUGUAAGCCCUCACCUGGCAUGAGUGUAUAUGUUCUUACUUUCAAGGUUUAUGAGUAUAGUAAAGACUAAAGAGGAUAAAAUUGGCUUUUCAAAGCUGAACUCAGUAAGGAUUGUAAAUUCUAUUUUGAAGGUUUUCUGGAAAACUGGUUCAGAUGAUAUAGAUUAUGGUUCUAUCAACUUGUUUGGA